ACACAGACGCUGAUUUGAUCAUGCUGAAAACAUUCCAGGCCUAUGAAGCAAGUCUGUUUGUAUUUUAGGUCUGCCCAGGACUAAUGAAUUAAAAAGCUUCAACUCUCAACAAACUGCGGCUCUAAUAAUGCCUCUGAUGGAAAGAUUUUUUGCCCCAUGAAGCAUGACUACGCUGUAAUCCCUCAUUGUUGGAAAAGAAAGGAAGGGACAGUGGAACUGUGAAGGGAAACGGAAAAGAGUGGUCCUGAGGGACUGAAAAGCCUAUGGGAAGUGCAGGUAGCAGCAUGUUGCCCUGACAGCUGUUUCAGCUUCUCAGACCUUGUCAGUUUGCUGCUCUGUAGCAGGUGCAGCCUUUUCUUUUUAUUGAAUCUUAACUCUGUAAAGGCAACGACAAGCCAAGGCAGUGGCUGGCCCUGGAUUAUACAAGUGUAGACACUACUAAGUGAGCUGGAAGAUAUAAGUAAACGCAUAGGCUCAAGUGCCCACAUGAUCACUACAGCAAGGGUUCCUGCUGAUAAACCAAUACGAAUUGCCUUCAGUCUAAAUGACUCACCAGAUGAUACCCCAUCUGAGAAUCCCUUCCCUUUGGCUUUUCCAGAUCUAGAACAGCAGCUCCAGCCCCUGCCUCCUUGUCAUGACUCGAAGGAAUCUAUGCAAGUGUUCAAACAACACUGCCAAAUAGCAGAAGAAUACUAUGAAGUCAAAAAGGAAAUUGCUCUUCUUGAAGAAAGAAAAAGGGAGCUGAUUGCUAGGUUGGAUCAAGCUGAGGAAGAGAGCAUGGAUGCUGCUCAGCUAGCAAAGGAGUAUUCAGACCUUACAGAAGAGAACCGGACACUGAAUUGGUUUAAAGCCUAACAAACUGCUUCUGGAAUAGCUUGCCCAGUAGCGUUUCAGGUUGCAUGCAAACAUUGAAAGACAAGAUCAUCAACUUGCAGAUAUUCAGAAUGAACAUUGAUAAUAACUUCUGACGCACACAAUCUCAGGUAAACAUAUUUUUAAAUUUCAGCUAAGAGCAUUGUUUUGAACUUGUAAAAUGUAUCAAGGCAUGUUCACAAUUGUGUGAUAUAUGUUGGGCAGAAUGUUAGGCAUUCUGGAAAAAAAGCCCUGCAUUAAUUACAAUUGAUUUUGUAUCUUUCCUAAUCCAGUGUUUUCUAAUGCAAUAAACCCACUAUACUUUCUAGGGUCUUCACUUUUUGUAAAAUUUUGACAUUGUAGAAUUGAUGCUUACUGAUUAAUUUAGUACUGCUAAAGCUGAACUCUGGAAAUAACAUUAUUUAUAAGUUUAUAUAAUAUAUUAAAGCAGCACAUAUUAUUGAAUUGAAUAAAAUUAUUAAAAGCUCUGUUUCAAA